AUGAGCCCAAUGGACCAUGAACAACUCAGGCAUUACUUGCCGUCCUCUGAUACCACCUAUCAAGGUUUCAACUCACGUUUAUGGCGACAUACUGGCCAGGGCGUAGCGGACGGGUUGGCUUUCGUCCAGCGCACGGAAAACAAGCAUUUUUUACAGUCUCGCGCUCGUCUGAUUGGCGUAGCACUCGCGUCGUUAGCAACAGCGUACUUACUGCUGCUUUGCUUCCGCCCUGUAGAGUCAGGGAGGCAGUGGGCCCCAUUCCCUCGAUCGCUCGCAGCUCUAAGAAGUGAACCAUGUUUAGGCAACAUGCGCGGGGAUGGUAAUGAUGAAAGUGAGCACGGCCCAGCAGAAGAGUGGACACAGCGUUUAGUGCAGCGACGCUUUGGGAGCAACAGCUCCUCACUGGAUCGCCAGGUUUCUCAAUUACAAGCACCUGCUGCAGGGACACAUGAAAAUGUGAUUAAUGAGGGCUCAGUUGAGGCAGAGAGCUCUGAAAAUGUUGUUGGUGGCAUCCCUUCUACGGGAAGCUUAAGGGAAGAUGACUUGUCUUUGUGGGAAGAUGGGCAGUUGCCUCCUACUGAGAAGGGGUAUGUUGGAUGCCUCUUUAAUCGCAUGCACAAAGCUUCGAAAUUGUGUGGGUUUCUGCUACCAGCAUUAUCAUGCAGGCAGCGCUUACUGUUGGCAUCCCAGGUGGUGAUGUUGAUCGGCGUGGACUUGGGAGCAUUUGCGUUAGCUAAGGUUGAAGUAGUGCCCACAAGAGGAACCGUUGGUGACGCGGCUAUUCAUUUGCUCAGGCAGUCGCUUGAAUGUAGUGGGGAUGACACGGACAAUGAAAACCUUCGCCUUGCUGUGACGCAGCUGAUAGUUUUAAUGACCUCCUUGAAGGAGCCUCGGCACUUCGAGGGAGGAAAUAAUACUACUAAAUUCAGGAGGAAGAUGGUAAGCAUACUCGGGACCGCCGAUAUAGCACUGAAGAAUUGUCUGGGCGUCUUAGGUGGGCUGCUGCGGCUCAAGAGAGAGAUGCCAACGAGGACGCUCCCACUGGAAGCAGUACAGCAGCAGCUAAACGUUCUGAGAUCGAUUUAUGAAAUUCACGCUGACCACAUUGCGAAAGACUGCCUGCUUAGAGCACAAAUAGUAGAGUGCCAGAAGCGCACGGGUGUGUAUGCGCUUUUGGGUCCCCAGCAUUUCUUCUUAUCCAAAUCCAAGAUUCUCCCAAUAAAAAAAUUGCGAAACAUGAUCAGUGACGCUGUGACGGCGGCUGGCGGUCUUUUGCCAUUCCAACGGCCUGCCACCGAGGAGCUAAGCAAUCCUAGAGGUGCAUUGGAGGGACAGGGAGUAAGGAUAAGAAGUUGGCGCAGGGAGCAGGACAAACCAGCAAGUAAAAAAUCGUUGCAAGAAGAAUUCGCGGAAGCUGUGCGCUGUUCUUUUGACCCCGAAACUUUGUUAGCGCACGAAGCAAUGGAGGCAGAGAGUUCACGAGCAGUUAGACAUCCACUAUGGCGACGUGGGCAGCUGUGUCAACAAGGAAGUGGACCGGUUUUGCAGCCCCCAUGUGCAUUUAGUUCCUCCAAUGGUUCUCAUGAUCGAUUGCCAAACCUUGUCUCUACAGAUGCCUUCCUAUCAGCGGUUGGUCUGUCAGUGUUUCGGUCACGGACAGCAGAACAGGGAGGUUUGAGUGGCCAGCUACAUUCUUCCUGUCUGGAUAAAUCCUCAUUGGCGCCCUUUAAUUCGUUAGCCACGCUUAACAGUUCCCCUGACUCUGCUGUUCGCCCAUCAGAACAGCACGCUCCUGCUGGUCGCAGGGCUGGAGUGCAUUUGGCGCGCUUCAGUGCGCCGCCUCCGACCGGUGUAGGACUGCAAGCUCACUCUAGUGAGAGACGCGCCACUACAAGCGGAGGAUGGCCGGGCGGUCAAUGA